AUGAAUACAGUUAAGAAAGUGUACACGAGGCUGAAAGACAAAGUCAAAUUGGAAUGCAUGUCAAAUGUCGUGUACAAGAUUCCGUGCAGUUGUAAUAAGACAUCUCAGUAUGUGAAGAAACGAAUAGCUCAACACAAGUUUAACUGUAAAAAUGUGAAUGUGUUGAAAGAAAAUAAAACGGCACUGGCUGCUCACCACUUUGAUUCGGGCCAUAGUUUCGGGUUUGAUAAUGUUGAAAUAGUAGACACAGAAAGAGUUCAUUUAAAAAAGAAUAUCAGUGAAAUGAUACAGAUAACAUUACACGAUUCAGUUAAUUACAGAACUGACACUCAAAAUUUAAGUACGGCGUAUAAUCAAAUUUUAGACAUCUAUAAAAAAGAACUACAGAGAUGUCAAACUUAA